UCUUCGUUUUCAAACUGUGUGAUCACAUAGUUUUCUAUUUUGGGUUUUGUCCAGGACUGGUUUUUGGGUUUGCAAAAGGGGAGAGCAGGGAUUGUAGAGAGUGACAGAGACGCUCCAGAGGGAGAGACUGAGGGAGGGCUAGAAAUGUUGGGCUGGGGUAUUGGGAAGCUAAAAUCCCAAGUCAGAAAGCAAUAAUAAAAAGCCUGGUGUUUAAAAUUAUUAAAAAGGGUGUCCUGAUACGCUAUCCUCUUCUUAAAGGUACAUCAAGAUUUUCUUCACUUCACUGCUCUUUCCUCUUUCCUCUCUCUCCUCUUUCCUCUUCUUCUACUCGAGAACUUAAAAAAGUCCCUAUGAGGAUCAUGUUUAUCUUUCCUUUGCUUUAAAGGAGAUAUAGGUAGAAAGGAACACCAAGUCACUUAAAAAAAUGCAGAGCUUCAAAGCAGCUUCAACAAACCCAGAAUUGUAUUCCCACUCUUCCUUCUAUUUCAGAGUUUAGAAGAAAUGGGUUAUGUGCACAGAAAAAAAAGUCUUAACAUUUAUGUUUAUCACUAAAUAAUAACCCAGCGCCUCUGUUUCUGUGAAUCUGUGCUGUGCAAAAGCAGAGGAGACGACACUAACCGAAACCAAACGCGUUUUACGGAUCUUGGAGAGCUUGAACAGUCCGCUACUGUCUUCCCUCACGAUGAUGCUGUUGAUUUAAUCCCAAGCUCAAUGUUCAGUUUAAAAGCAAACAAUGUUGCUGUUGUACCUAAUAACUUGCACUAUGGGGCCUUGAACACGAGCACUGGGUGUUUGGACAUAGGCUCAACAAUAACCGGGACAGGAGGAGGCUGUGUAGAGACAGGGCAUCACCAAUACAUGUACCACCAGCAGAAAGGGACGACGUCGUCGGGAAACGGACACUUUGAGAAUUGGGGUGAUUCAGCCAUGGCUGACAACAGCCAGCAGACUGAUGAUACCUCAACAGACGUUGACACCGAUGAUAAAAACCAACUUCAUGGAAUUCCGCAUGGAGCACUAACAGUAGUGGAUUCAAUGGAACAGCCCAGGGAAAGAAGUGGAGAUCAAAAGACACUGCGUAGGCUGGCCCAGAAUCGAGAAGCAGCAAGGAAGAGUCGUCUAAGGAAGAAAGCAUAUGUCCAGCAGCUGGAAAAUAGUCGACUUAGGCUUUCACAUCUAGAGCAAGAGCUUCAGCGAGCAAGGCAGCAGGGUAUGUUUAUUGCAACUGGACUUUCUGGGGAUAAUGGUCAUUCAAUGGCAGGAAAUGGGGCCUUAGCAUUUGACUUGGAGUAUGCGCGCUGGCUUGACGAACAUCAACGACUGAUACAUGAUAUGCGAUCAGCUGUGAAUUCCCAUACGGGUGAUAACGAAUUGCGGAUCCUUGUUGAUAGCGUAAUGACCCAUUAUGAUGAAAUAUUCAGGUUAAAGAGCAUUGCUGCAAAGACUGAUGUAUUUCACAUGCUUUCUGGCAUGUGGAAAACACCUGCAGAAAGGUGCUUUAUGUGGUUGGGUGGAUUCCGUUCGUCUGAACUUCUGAAGAUACUUGGGAACCAGCUUGAACCUUUGACAGAUCAACAGUUGAUGGGCAUAUGUAAUCUGCAGCAAUCCUCCCAACAGGCUGAAGAUGCCUUGUCACAAGGGAUGGAAGCUUUGCAACAAUCUCUUGUAGACACACUUUGCUCAGGUACUCAUGGACCUACUGGUUCUGGCAAUGUUGCAGACUACAUGGGCCAAAUGGCAAUUGCUAUGGGCAAGCUUGCCACACUUGAGAACUUCCUUCACCAGGCUGACCUUUUGAGACAGCAAACACUACAACAAAUGCAUCGUAUUCUGACCACUCGUCAAGCAGCUCGUGCCCUCCUCGUCAUCAGUGACUACUUCUCUCGUCUCCGAGCACUCAGUUCUUUAUGGUUGGCACGUCCUAGGGACUAAUGUUUUUUCGCUUUCACCUCGACCCGGCCUUAGGACUUGCAAAAAAAGUAGAAGAAGAAAAAAGAAUUUGCUAUUGCCCCACUAUUAGUAAACCAGCUGUAGUGCUGAGACCACGAAGAUGGUUAAUUAUGAAAAUGCAGAUUCAACUUUGAGGCCCCAUUUUUCUUAUGAUGCUUUUCUUUUAUCAGUCAUAGGUUAGGCCCUGCAUCUUGGCUUAUAGAAACGUCAGUGAUCGACUUAAUGAAAGCCGAGUGGCCGUUCUCUAACAUGUAAUUAAAUUAAAUAUAUGCCCUCUUGCUCUUGGGCAUGGAAAUGUAUACCCAUUUUCACACUAAAUGUGCUAAUACUAAUCCUAUCAGAUAAUCAGGGGACUGAAAGCA